AGAGAGGGAAAGAAAGUGAUGAACGAAGGAGUGGAGGUACAUCGGCGGUGGUGGAGGUGGUGAUGGUGGUGAUGGCGGUGGUGGUGGAGUCUCGUAGCUGUACAGAGCGCUAGCGCCAAAGAGAACUGCGGUGGCGAUAGCGCGCGGCGCUGCAGCCAAAUGAAAAUCAGUCCAGCGUUGGCCGUCGGCGAGGACGUAUCUGGCAUUGAUGUCAGUAUUUUGAAGAUAGAGAAAGAGAUAGAGAGAAAGACUCGACGACAUUCGCAAGAUCGAGGGGAAUCGAAGGGACUGAGAAAAUUGUGGUAGGGCCGAGAAGUAGCUAAAGAGGGAGAAAGAAAGACAAGGAGGACGAGAACGAAGACGAGAACGUGGUAGAUAGGGUGACGAGAGGGUAACGAUGAAAGGUAGCCAAGUCGAGACGAUGGUGUCCGGGCGCUGCUGCCGCCGUCGCCACUGCCACUGCUGACGAUCAUGAACGUUCCGGAGUUCGGUGAAAACAGGAUACAUUGUAUCUAGGUAGCCGGCUUUGUUCGAUCGGAUGAUCGAGAAGUUUUACGAAAGAAAGACUCCUCGUCGAGUCCAAUUGCGAGAGUAACAAUUCUUCUUUCUGGUUUCAUACGAUUCUCCUUUAGCACUCAACAUUUGUUUGCGGUAAAAAUCGGUUACAGUGAAGAGGCUAAUAGAAGGAAGGUUGAGAAUAAGAGAGAAAUAGAGAUAUGUCCUCGAUGCAGCACGAUGCAGCACGAGGGAAGCGCUUCGGUGGUUCUCUGGCUUAGUGCGUGCGCGGCGGCAUACGAGAAGAAGGGACACGUUGCUCUUGCAGCUGGUGCACGUCGUCGGUGGUGGACACGAUCACGUGCUCCCGAUAGAAGAACAAGAAGAACGAUGUCAGUGGCGUGCUCGAGAUAUCUACGAUCGUUCGGUGGACCCUGAGACUAAAGUGGAGCAGAAAGAAGAGUCGGAACAGGAGGAAGAGGAAGAGGAAGAGGAAGAAGGAGCAGGUGGAUCGCUUCUUUCCAACGUUGUCGAGAGAGUCCAAGCAGUCCGCUUCUAUUCGGCGCGCCUGCAGCCACGUGCGGAGACAACCGGACGAGGAGAAGGAGGUGGAGGAAGACGAGCCGGAGGAGAAGAGGCAGCGAGCAACCGGUAGUGGUGCUUGUGCUGGUGCUUGUGGUCGAGAAAGAAGCGAGAUUCUCGGUUUCUAUCUUUGCAAACAUGAGACAUUGGACACUCAUGGCGGCGAUAGCCCUGGCUGCAUUGGGGCUGGUAAGCGGCGGUAGUCACGAGAAGCGGCUGCUGAGCAAUCUGCUGGAUGCGUAUAACGUCCUGGAGCGGCCGGUGGGAAACGAGUCCGACCCCCUCGUCUUGAGCUUCGGCCUUACGCUUAUGCAAAUAAUCGACGUCGACGAGAAGAAUCAACUGCUCAUCACGAAUCUUUGGCUGAAGUUGGAAUGGAACGAUGUUAAUAUGAGGUGGAACGUCUCAGAGUAUGGAGGUGUCAGAGAUCUCAGGAUCCCUCCGCAUCGACUUUGGAAACCGGACGUUCUCAUGUAUAACAGCGCGGACGAAGGGUUCGACGGUACUUAUCCAACGAACGUCGUCGUAAAGAACAAUGGCACCUGCUUAUAUGUGCCGCCUGGUAUAUUCAAGAGCACUUGCAAGAUAGACAUUACCUGGUUCCCCUUUGACGAUCAGCGCUGUGAGAUGAAAUUUGGCUCUUGGACUUACGACGGCUUUCAGUUGGACCUGCAACUGCAAGACGAAUCAGGAGGUGACAUCAGCAGUUUUAUCACUAACGGCGAGUGGGAUCUGUUAGGAGUACCUGGCAAAAGAAACGAAAUUUAUUACAAUUGCUGCCCGGAACCAUACAUAGACAUCACCUUUGUGGUCAUCAUUAGAAGACGUACGCUUUAUUAUUUUUUCAACCUAAUCGUGCCGUGCGUAUUAAUCGCCAGCAUGGCCGUUUUGGGAUUCACCCUGCCACCCGAUUCCGGCGAGAAACUCUCCCUCGGGGUAACAAUUCUCUUAUCUCUCACUGUGUUCCUUAAUAUGGUGGCCGAAACAAUGCCAGCUACGUCGGACGCCGUCCCGCUCUUAGGGACGUAUUUCAAUUGCAUCAUGUUUAUGGUCGCCAGCAGUGUCGUCAGUACGAUCCUCAUUUUGAAUUAUCAUCAUCGAAACGCUGACACUCACGAGAUGUCCGAAUGGGUCAGGAUCCUUUUCCUAUAUUGGUUACCAUGCUUACUCCGAAUGUCACGACCGACCGACAAAGAGGAAAAAGACGCACAGAAAUCUCAAAAACCAUCUCCGGUCACCGGUACGAGCAAAUCGUACGGUGAUUUGGAGUUGCAUCAAAGGAGUAGCAAAUCACUGUUAGCAAAUGUCCUGGACCUGGAUGACAACGCGCUGGCAUCUCAUAACAAUUUAUUGAACAACGUGUACAGUACACCGGGUCCACAUCAUCAUACGAUGGGCCACGGACACAGUCACAUACAUACGACGCCUCAUCAUCAUCACAGUCACGCAACUCCCACGCCGCAUCAUCAGCAUUCGACACCGUUAGCUCACUCUUCCUAUCCCGGCCAUCAGCUUGGCCACACGCCGCAUCAUCAUCAGCAUCCGCCAGACACGGCGGCGCCACAGGUCGAGACGAUAUUUCAGAACGCCUGCUUUUGCGCGCGUUACGAGCUCAUACUGAUCCUCAAGGAGAUCAAGGUGAUAACGGAUCAGUUAAAAAACGACGAGGAAAACACAAAGGUGACGAAUGACUGGAAAUUUGCGGCGAUGGUGAUCGACAGAAUGUGCCUAAUCAUUUUUACUCUGUUCACCAUCAUCGCUACCAUCACCGUCCUAUUAUCGGCGCCGCACAUCAUCGUCACGUGAUUCAGAAAACCCAGGCAACUGCCAGUAGUUGAUCGUCGAAGAUCCGUACUGGAAUGCGCUCGAUUGAUCGCGAAAGCGAAAAAAUACGAUGGGGAGGAGCAGAUAAAGAUGAUCGAAAGAAAGAAAAGGAAGAAAAAAAAGGGAAACGAUAUCGAGAAGCAGAAAAACCGAUGUUCCUUCCGUUCUUCUAUUUUUCUCUCGUUCAUCGCGAGAUCCUUCUUCUUCCUCAUUGACAAACUCGAAGCACUCGAUUACGCUUCGCGUCAUUUAAAAGCGGAAGUUGAAGGGAUGCAAUACUGGAAGGAACAUACGAUCUCGACUUAUGUCUCGUAAACGUAACGUUUCUUUUAAAAAAAGAGGAAGAAAGAAAAAGAAUAACAGAAAAAGGAGAACGAGGACACCUUAUCGAAGCAGCAAGUCGAUAUAUGUACGUGGCUACGCGAUGGUUACAGAGAGUGGUAGUAGGAUCGUGAGAGGGUAAAUGAGGAACAACGGAAAUCUCAGAGAAUACGAGCACACACAAACGUGCACGUUCCUCGAUAGCAGUCGAUAUUUCUUCCAUAGUUAUAUCACGUUAUUAUUUCAUAUCUUGAAAAGGACUUAUCAAAUAGUUCCAACAUAUUUUCUCUUUUCUUGUUUCUUUUUUUUCUUUUUCUUUUUUCUUUUUCUUGUUUUUUUUUGUCGACUUAAAAUCGCACAAAAAUCUGUUCCAUUUAUUAAGUUCAAUUUUUUGAUUAUCGUUGUUGUCAAAAUAAUUAUUUUCAUUCUUAUGUUCCUUUAGAAGAAUAUUCUCGGAAUAUAUCGAACCGGAAAUAUCCGUUUAAUGUCUCCAAAGGAUUCUAUGUAAAUAUCUGUUGUUGAAAUUAUUCAAGAAAAAAAUGAAAAAAAAAAAAAAAGAAUUUGUGUCCCUCGAAAUCGUUCAAUAUCUCCUGACUGCUACUUCGAGGUACGUACACAUAAGCGUGAAGAGAACACAUACGCACACAUGAGCACACCAAGAUGUUUACAUAUGCAGAUAAAAUAAAGCAAUUCGAUGGGUACGUCGAUGAGAAAAAUAGAGACAAAGAGAGAGAGGGAGAGAGAGGAAGAGAGAAGGAGGGAGAGAGAGAGAGAAGAAAAAGGAGGUAGAGAUGGAGGAGGAGGUGGAGAAGGA